AUGGAAGAUGAUGAUGAAGCAGUAGGAGUGGCACUAGUGCCUUAUCUAAACGAUGAUUUGAUUAUGAACAUUUUGUCGAGGUUUCAUGAAGUGAAGUGGCUCAUUCGAUUCAAGUGCGUCUGCAAAUCAUGGUAUUCCCUCAUAAGCUCAUCUACUUUCGUUGACAUGCAUCUUCUUCGAACUAAUAAUAAUAAUAAUAACACCAAUCAAGGCAGAUAUCUUCUUUACUUUGCUAAAGAUAACACUUGUCGUACACUACUUUCACUCUUCUUCUUCAAUUAUCAUAUCAUAAAAAUCUAUUCGAGUAUGCGAUUUGACGAUGCAAAACUUGUUGGGGUUUGUAAUGGAUUGUUGUGUCUUGUUACGGACGAUUACCACAAAAAUUUUCAUUUCCAUCUAGUGAAUCCAGCUACUAAGCAAUCUAGGGUUUUGGAAAAACCAAACAUUGUCAUUCCCAUCGGGAUUUCUUCUUAUGGAUUUGCUUUCGAUUCAAAGGCUAACGAUUACAAAGUGGUUUGGGUUACCAGCAAUUAUGAGAAAUCGAAAUUGUUGGUGUUGGUGUUGGCAUUGAAAACUAAGUGUUGGAGAACGGUUUCAAUGAAGAAAAAGUUCGAAUUUGUCGACCACUGUAGCAACACUGUCGUUGAAAACACACUCCAUUGGAUUGGAAGAACACCCCAACAAGAGCACGAUUAUGACUACUCAUCGAAGAAAACAACAUUAAUAACCAUCGUUGCAUUUGAUCUCGUCGAUGAAAUAUUUCGUGACUUUAAAAUUCCAGAAGACAUUAGCGAUCAGAAAAAGUGCUACGAUCAUCAUUGCUUCGUGUUCAAAGGUAACCUUUGUGUGAGUGUGGCGCCAAAGUUUGGAUUUUGUAUUGGCGAUGAGAUUCAAGUGUGGGUUAUGAAACAAUAUGGAGUUGAGGAAUCUUGGUCUAAGGACUAUUGUUUUUCAGGGACAUUUCUAAAUUUUAGUUUGCCUACAUUGCUCUACCAUAAUAGGAUUGGCAUUAGAUUUGAUUAUGAAUGGAAUAAUUUGAGGAACAGAAAAGACCUUUCAUAUUUCUUUAAUGAGGAAAUUAUCUCUGAAAAUUUGAAGCUGCAUCCUUUGUAUGGAAGGUGCUUUAUAGAUUAUAGAGAGAGUCUUGUUCAAGUUUAA